AUGCCAAGACCUAGUCUGAAGGUAUUUAGAAAGCGUGUGGAUUGGCGCAAGAAAGUAAAGUGUACUAAGAAUUCGUCUGAUUCAUCUGCAUCAGUAUCUGAUGUCCCAGUAGCGACUAACCUCAACACUGGUAGUGAUACAUUGAGUGAUGCUGCUGCCACUACACCGGAAAGUGCUUCAAGAAGAAAACUAGCUGCAAUUGAUGAAGAAUACAAGAAACUAAAUGCUGGGACUACAAAAUAUGAGGAGCAAAGGGAGAAAGGGGGUGGGCCAAAAGAGGGCGGGCCAAAAGAGGGCGGGCCAAAAGAGGGCGGGCCAAAAGAGGGCGGGCCAAAAGAGGGCGGGCCAAAAGAGGGCGGGCCAAAAGAGGGCGGGCCAAAAGAGGGCGGGCCAAAAGAGGGCGGGCCAAAAGAGGGCGGGCCAAAAGAGGGCGGGCCAAAAGAGGGCGGGCCAAAAGAGGAUAGGGACCAGGAAGAUGAAAGCGAGACGUGGGGGUAUCGACGUGCUGCGAGAGUUGGCGGCGGUGCAGUUCCAUUAAGGGAGCCGGGCCGGCCGCGGGCGGAGGCAGCCACUCAGUCGGCACUGCGCGUUGGCCCGGCAGCGCCCGCGGGCGCCCGCUGCGGACCCGCGCCGCCCUCCUGA